AGGAAUCAAUGGGAUGCGCGUUCUUGUAGAUGCAGGAAUGCCCACAUGCAGGAACUCCUCAAUUUGCGGCCGCAAUCACACACUAUCUGCCUGCGCAUGAAACCCUGCUGCCUCCCUGGGGAAUAAUAUCGCGAGUUUUGAUUGGUUGCUGGAUUUGGAACAAAACUGCCGAACUUCAGAGUGAUUUAGGCUGCUUGCUGAAAGAAGCAUGUGGAGACCAGACAUCUAAGAGGUAGAGCAACUUGCAGGUGUGCGGUUAUAUGCGGGAUAUUGAGAACGUGGUGUUGCUGUUAGCAGUAGGAGGUUAGGUGAUGGUGCAGAGGCUUCAAUCCGUUCUGACCCUCUACCUGUCAGGAGUGUUGGCUUUCCUAGGCCUGUGGUGGUACAUCUAUCGGAAGAAAGAAUACCAUCUCACUGACAAGGAUGACGCAAAUGAUGAGACGACCGCAGACCAGGAGCACCUGUCCUCCCCCAGAGACGUAGGUAACUGUGUUGUGGAGAACGGCCACUCGACUGGGAUGCAUCUGGACGGGCACGCAGUGAGGGAGCGUUCAUUAGUGGAACAGGAGCUUGUUGAUAUUACAAACACCGCAGCAGCAGAGCAGGGUAUAGUCCCACUCUGCCAAUCACAACCUGAGGUAAGGGUUGUGGCCGCAGACGGUCUCAUUAGUAGCCUGGUUACUGCUGCCGUGAAGCCUGUUUACGAGAGCACUGAGUCUUCAGCUCAAGUGUUCCUAGAGACUGCAGCUCAGGGUGGACCUAAGCAGGAUCUAGAAUUACAAUGGGAACACCAGCCAUGCGUGCCAUCAGCCAUGCGUGCCACCAGCCAUGAGUCAACUUGCUCCUUAUCAAUCUGUGACCUAGGCUCUGGUAAAUCUAAGUCCGUCGGUGAAAGUGCAGGUUUAAAUCAACCACCACAAUCUGAGACACUGGAGGACAUUACAAACAGCACUUUGAACCUGGAGCCUACAGGGGAGUUGGUUAGACUGGAGCCUGCAGGGGAGGUGGUUAGACUGGAGCCUGCAGGGGGGGAGGUGGUUAGACUGGAGCCUGCAGGGGGGGAGGUGGUUAGACUGGAGCCUGCAGGGGGGGAGGUGGUUAGACUGGAGCCUGCAGGGGGGGAGGUGGUUAGACUGGAGCCUGCAGGGGGGGAGGUGGUUAGACUGGAGCCUGCAGGGGGGGAGGUGGUUAGACUGGAGCCUGCAGGGGGGGAGGUGGUUAGACUGGAGCCUGCAGGGGGGGAGGUGGAGAAGAUUAGACUGGAGCUUGCGGUGGAGGUGGAGAAGGUUAGACUGGAGGAGGAGGUGGUUAGACUGGAGCCUGCAGAGGAGGAGGUUAGACUGGAGCCUGCAGAGGAGGUGGAGGAGGUUAGACUGGAGCCUGUGGAGGAGGUUAGACUGGAGCCUGCAGAGGAGGUGGAGGUGGUUAGACUGGAGGAGGAGGUGGUUAGACUGGAGCCUGCAGAGGAGGAGGUUAGACUGGAGCCUGUGGAGGUGGUAAGACUGGAGGUGGAGGUUGUUAGACUGGAGCCUGCAGAGGAGGAGGUUAGACUGGAGCCUGCAGAGGAGGUGGAGAUGGUUAGACGGGAGCCUGCAGAGGAGGUGGAGGAGGUUAGACUGGAGCCUGCGGAGGAGGAGGUGGUUAGACUGGAGCCUGCGGAGGAGGUGGUGGUUAGACUGGAGCCUGCAGAGGAGGUGGAGAAGGUUAGACUGGAGGAGGAGGUGGUUAGACUGGAGGAGGAGGUGGUUAGACUGGAGGAGGAGGUGGUUAGACUGGAGCCUGCAGAGGAGGUGGUUAGACUGGAGCCUGCAGAGGAGGUGGUUAGACUGGAGCCUGCAGAGGAGGUGGUUAGACUGGAGCCUGCAGAGGAGGUGGUUAGACUGGAGCCUGCAGAGGAGGUGGUUAGACUGGAGCCUGCAGAGGAGGUGGUUAGACUGGAGCCUGCAGAGGAGGUGGUUAGACUGGAGCCUGCAGAGGAGGUGGUUAGACUGGAGCCUGCAGAGGAGGUGGUUAGACUGGAGCCUGCAGAGGAGGUGGUUAGACUGAAGCCUGCAGAGGAGGUGGAGGUGGUUAGACUGAAGCCUGCAGAGGAGGAGGUUAGACUGGAGCCUGCAGAGGAGGAGGUUAGACUGGAGCCUGCAGAGGAGGAGGUUAGACUGGAGCCUGCAGAGGAGGAGGUUAGACUGGAGCCUGCAGAGGAGGAGGUUAGACUGGAGCCUGCAGAGGAGGAGGUUAGACUGGAGCCUGCAGAGGAGGAGGUUAGACUGGAGCCUGCAGAGGAGGAGGUUAGACUGGAGCCUGCAGAGGAGGAGGUUAGACUGGAGCCUGCAGAGGAGGAGGUUAGACUGGAGCCUGCAGAGGAGGAGGUUAGACUGGAGCCUGCAGAGGAGGAGGUUAGACUGGAGCCUGCAGAGGAGGAGGUUAGACUGGAGCCUGCAGAGGAGGAGGUUAGACUGGAGCCUGCAGAGGAGGAGGUUAGACUGGAGCCUGCAGAGGAGGAGGUUAGACUGGAGCCUGCAGAGGAGGUGGAGGAGGUUAGACUGGAGCCUGCAGAGGAGGUGGAGAUGGUUAGACGGGAUCCUGCAGAGGAGGUGGAGAUGGUUAGACGGGAGCCUGCAGAGGAGGAGGAGGUGGUUAGACUGGAGCCAGAGGGAGACAUCCUGUCUGCUGUGGAAGAACCAACCUUUGAGUCAAGUCUACAGGCUGACACCUGUCUGGCUUCCCCCAGCCACCUUAUAACCAGUCGGGUGUCUGCCUCAAAGCAGCCAUUGGGAAUGUUGAGGUUACCUCAGAAGAAAGAGUCUGAGGAAUGUAAACUCAGCAGGAGCAACACCGCAGAAAUUAACCAGCUGGUGUCAGGUCUCAUCACUGAUGUGGUCUCCGCAGCAGUGAAUCAAUUCCUGAAGGAAAAGACCCAGCUAGGACAUAGUGUUAGUCCUCUCCGUAGCGGGGACCCCUGCAAAGCCCCAGACCACAUCUCAAUGGAUAACAGUGAACCUGAGCAUGAGAUGCCACCUCUAUUCCAAGAGGAUCCGUGUUCAACAACCGGCAGAGAGAACAUCAGUUCAUCUCCUAUAGUUCAGGAGGACGUGAAACAUGACCACAGCAGUAGAGCUGAGAUUGAGACGGAGAAGAUCGAGCCAGCAGAAGAUUCUGCAGUAGGUGAUUUUGGAUCCAGCGCUCGUCAGACCGAAAAGGUCUCCAGUGGCAAGGAGUUGAGCACCAGUAUGAGCCCGCAACCACCCAGAGGACCUGCUGAAGAACUGGGGGCCACCAGCAUGUUCCUCACUAACGGUUGGUGGAUGGCGAAUGUUACAGGCUCUGGUGUGAACAGCAUGGACUGUGUCGACGGUUACUGUCAACAUGAAGCCAGGGACAUCAAGCAUAGCAGUCCCAGUCUACCAAGUCAGCUACUGAACACCAAUCAGGCAAUUGAAAAAUACAACCAAAGUCACAACAGCAGCCAGUCACCGACUGUUUGGGAGAUAGAGGUGCCAAAGCAUUUUGUUGGUAGAUUGAUUGGGAAGAAGGGGCGACAUGUGAACUACCUGAAGGAGACGUCUGGAGCUAAGGUCUUCAUCACCGUCCUACCUUACACCCAGGAGUUCCAGAUCUGCCACAUAGAGGGGUCAGAGGAACAGGUGGAUUGUGCUCUGGAGCUGAUCAGGAAAAAGUUCAAAGAUCUAGAUGUGACCAACUGUUACGUCCAACCUCCAGUGGCCAGCCUUCCCUCUCUCUCCAUCACAUCCUGGCUGCUGCUUCCCCAUAGGGUUACAGUUGAGGUAACGGUGAUCCAGGUAGCAUCUGGGAACUGUGUGUUCCUCCAGCAGCACAAACACCCCACCUUCCAUGCUUUCUGCAGUCUGGACCAAAAUAUGAGCCUGUGCUACUCUCACCCAGGGUGCCCUCCCCUGCCUGCCCCAGUGGAAGUUGGAGUGAUCUGUGCUGCCCAGAUGCCUGAGGGAUCCUGGUGGAGAGCGCAGGUGAUGGGUCACCAUGAAGAAACCAUGGUGGAACUCCGCUAUGUGGACUAUGGAGGUUAUGAUAUAGUGAAGAUGGACACCCUCCGCCAGAUCAGAUCUGACUUCGUUGCGUUGCCGUUCCAAGGGUCUGAGGUGAUCUUGGAAAAUAUUGCACCCAUUCCAGAUUUUUCAGCUGCAGCCAAAUCUGCCCUGGAGGAGAUGACACGAGGAUUGGCACUACUUGCACAGGUCACAAACUGUCACACCAGUGGCAUUCCUUUGGUACAGAUAUGGAGAACAGAAGGAGAAGAGUUGGUGUCUGUGAACCGUGCUAUGGUGGAUAAUGGACUGUGCACCUGGGUAGACAGCCCCUGACCGUGAAGCGCAAUCCUGGCUGUUCAGAUAGUUUUAAUACCUCCUUCCUCCCUUGUGAGGUAAGCACAGAUCUAUAAGUGAUUGGAUAGGUGUAAGUUUACCACCCUAUUUCUUUCACCAAUCCAGAUCUGUGAUUACCUCACAGUAGCUAGGAAGGAACAAUGGAUUUCUGAAGUAUUCAAACAGGGCCCUUGCCUUGUCUUUCACCUUUUUACCCCCUCAGUCCUACCUCUGGACUACUGCCUUGAUGGCAUAACAAUGUUGUCCUGCAGCACAACAUCUUCCUGCUCAACUCCACCAUUAUACUCGUUUCUUUACAACCAUGUACACACAAUCCAAGUUAUUUUGUGAAGUUUUAUUUACUCCCACCCGGUCCUAUAAAUGUUUGUAUUGGACACAUAAUGUAAUCAUAAUUAACAAUCUCACUUAACCCCCCACACACACUGAAUACUAUUUUGUUUUUAAUGUAUACAUUUCUAUUAAACUAAAUAAAGAUCAACUGUCCUUA